GAGGGAUGCUGCACUCCGGGCUGAUGGAGCGCUAGGGGCUGAAGUGUGAGGGAUGCUGCGCUCGGGGCUGACGGAGCCUUUCGGUUCCUGGUCUGCAAGACCCCGGGCAAACCCGAGCAGUGGGAAGUGCAUGAUUAACUGUUAAGCCAGAGCCAAACCAAAUUCCAGGCGGAAUGCUGGCUGUUACCUUUCCUGAAGAGGACAUUCUCCUGGUAACAGCCUCUCCUGUUAUCAAAGCAGUUACAAACUUCAAGCAGGUCUCUAAAGUAUUGGAAGAAUUUGAUGUUGAAGAACAGCCAAGUACCGUGCUGGAAAAUCGCUUUCCCAACAUUAAGGUCAUAGAGUCGGGAGUAAGACAGCUGAAGAGUGAAGAACAUUGUAUCAUCACAGAAGACGGUCAUCAGCAUGUGUAUAAGAAACUCUGUCUGUGUGCUGGAGCUAAGCCAAAGUUGAUCUGUGAGGGAAAUCCAUACGUGUUAGGAAUCCGUGACACCGAUAGUGCUCAGGAAUUUCAGAAACAGCUUACAAAAGCCAAGAGGAUAAUGAUCGUCGGGAAUGGUGGCAUUGCGCUUGAGCUGGUCCUGAGAAGGACCAACUCAGCUGUCCUCCCAGUAAGCAGAAACUUGGUGACUAUGAGUGUUCAUUGGCCUGGAUGGGGCACUGGAGUCUUACCCGUGUAUCAGAAUGUGACUUCAGGAAAUUGUAACAUUCUUCCUAGGUAUGAAAUUGAAGGCUGUGAAGUGAUUUGGGCCAUAAAGGAUAAAGCCAUUGGGAAUACUUUCUUUGACGCAGGCGCAGCAGAGUUUUUGAUUUCCAAGCUCAUGUCUGAAAAAUCAGAGGCUAAAAUUGCUCAUAGAAGAACCAUAUAUACUGUUGAAGGAGUGAAAAAGGAAAACAGAACCAAAGCUAAAGCUGAGAAUGUGGGCAGUGCCCUUGGACCAGACUGGCAUGGAGGCUUGGAUCUGAAAGGAACAGAAGAGUUUUCACACAGUAUUCACAUUGAAACCAGAUGUGAAGUCAAGAAAAUCUACCUUCAAGAGGAGUUUAAGAUUAUGAAGAAAAAGCCCUUGGCUUUUCCAAAGGAUCAGCAUAAGUCAGUUACAGUUGAUAAAGAAGUGUGGCCUGUGUAUGUGGAACUAACCAAUGGGAAGAUCUAUGGCUGUGAUUUCCUUGUCAGUGCUACGGGAGUCAUGCCAAAUGUACACCCUUUCCUCCACGGAAACAAUUUUGAUCUAGGAGAAGAUGGCGGCCUGAAAGUGGAUGACCAGAUGCGCACAUCACUUCCCGACAUCUAUGCUGCUGGAGACAUCUGUACUGCAUGCUGGCAGCCGAGCCCAGUCUGGCAGCAGAUGAGACUGUGGACCCAGGCACGGCAGAUGGGCUGGUAUGCAGCCAAGUGCAUGGCUGCAGCUAGUUUGGGACAGUCAAUCGACAUGGAUUUCAGCUUUGAACUGUUUGCUCACGUCACGAAAUUUUUUAACUAUAAGGUUGUGCUGCUGGGAAAAUACAAUGCACAAGGCCUAGGCUCAGAUCACGAGUUAAUGCUGAGGUGCACCAGAGGACAAGAGUAUGUCAAAGUCGUCAUGCAGAAUGGACGCAUGAUGGGAGCUGUCUUAAUUGGUGAAACUGAUUUAGAGGAAACAUUUGAAAAUUUAAUUUUAAACCAGAUGGACCUUUCAUCAUAUGGAGAGGGUCUCCUGGAUCCGGAUAUCGACAUAGAGGAUUAUUUCGACUGACAUUAGAAUUUUUUCAGGAAUAGUAACUUCAAAAUAAGGAGAAAAGAAACAAAUUGGGAAAACUAACACCUGCACCACGUGAAUGGCCCCACAAAUCAAGAAUGCAGAAGCUAGAUUCCUGGUUGUAAGGAGUCACGAACUUUCAUGGUGAACUCAGUUUAAUGACUAAUUAGCAGGUGAACAUUCCUAAUACAGCAUUGACAAUAAACCUUGACUCACACAAAUGUA